AACUAGUGUUCCGGUUUGGUUGUGAAUGUCAACAAUGCAGGUGCCCUCUUGAAUAAGAGAUUCACUAAAGCCUCUUUCUCCUUCGUAAUUGGCGUAUAUUCCAACUUAAACAUCAAGAUGUCAAAAUCACUUUGGAAUCUUGCAAUAGACCAGGCAAAUACUGUCAAAGAUGAAAAUCAAGCAUCUGAGGACUCAGCAAUCUUCAUCACAGGGAGCAAAAACUCAGGGAAAACAAGCAUAAUUCUGAGAUAUUUAGACAGAGAUGAGCCUCCGAAGCCGACAGUAGCCUUGGAAUACACAUUUGGAAGACGUGCUAAAGGACACAACAUUGCAAAGGAUGUGGGACACAUCUGGGAGCUGGGUGGAGGAACAUGGCUGUCUAAACUCAUGGACAUUCCCAUCAACCCAGAAACUAUAAUGCACACAGGGUUGGUGAUUGUCCUUGAUCUGUCCACCCCCAAGGAACUGUGGUUCACCCUGGAGAGUUUGCUGACGUCAGCACGCUCCCGUGUGGAGAACGUCAUCGCUGAGAUGAAACAGGCUGAUCCUCACAUCAGAGACAAACUGAAAAAGAUGGCGUGGGAAAGAAUUGGAGAGGAACACCCAGACAAGAGUAUGAUUGAUCCCUUCCUGGUCCCGCUGGUCAUUGUGGGGAGCAAGUAUGACGUGUUUCAGGACUUUGACUCUGAGAAGCGGAAGGUGAUAUGCAAGACGCUGAGAUUUGUGGCUCACUCCCAGGGGGCAACUCUGCAGUUCUUCAGCAUCAAGAUGGAGGGCACUAUUAAACGGAUGCAGGGUAUCAUCAAUCACCACCUGUUCCGGACAAACCCAAGUAAAAACAUGCAGGUUGAACAUAACAAGCCCCUGUUUGUCCCAGCCGGGCUUGACUCUCUGCAGACGAUAGGCAACCCCCCAAUCUCGGAUGAUGACAUAGGACGUGUACAUGCAAGGACUCCAAUGGAACUGUGGAAGCAGGCGUUUACUGGACACUUUCCUCAAGAGGUGAAUGUAAACGAGAACACAAACAACCCUGCCAUUGUAGAAGACCCGGCCAAGGAUCCACAGUUUGUGGAAGCAGCCAUUGACACCCUUCGAGCUCAGAAAGAUGAAGAACUGGAGCGAUAUCGACGUCUGGCGGAACGCAGAUCAAGGGAGACAACCACAUAUUAGUUGAUAUUCCAGUGAUUCUCCGUCCAGUAGAUUCAGACAACUGUGAUAAUCCAUGUGCCUCGUCCCUCCAGGUCACAAACUCGUAGCCAGAGGGGGCAAAACAAAACUCUCUACGACUCUUAUUUAUGAAAUCUUAAUGUAAAUUAGACCAGGGUUUUCACAUGGAAUGGGUGCUCAUAAACUUAGGGAUAAAUGUUAUUAAUUUUCAGUCUUUGGAAGGAAAAUGUCAGCCCUGAAAUGUUGGCAGUUCCUGGUAUCAGCAUUCUGCCCUAUGGCAUCAGGGUUCAGCAUCCAAAUGCUGGUCACUAGCUUCUUAUCACCCAUCACAGAGAUGUGCAUCUGUACAUAGUGUGUUCACCGCCUCCAUCUUACUGGGAAAUACACGUCAUAAUACAUCUCUUAAAGAAGGUCAAGGUUAAUGAUAAAAUAAACUCUCAUUAUAAUUUGAAGAUUUUUCCAAACCUGAAGAGUUUUAAUACUGAGCUAAUUAGGCAAUUAGAAUCAAUAUAAUAGGAAAACAUGAAUAUUAUUAUAAAGCUGUCUUGUUAUUGGGAUCAGAAAGAUUUCAUUUUUUUAUUGAUGAUGAAUGAACUUUGCUUCAUUUAUUGAAUUACAUAAAGUCGUCUCCAUCAAUGUUUAUCAUUGCUUGUUUGUUGUGUGUCAGAUAUCAUUGGAAAAAUAAAACAAUUUGAAAUUAUAAA